UCGCACCAGCGAGAGACGAGCCGAGGAGAGGAGAGAACGACUGAGAGAGAAGAGGAGCAAUGGCAGACGAGGAAUACGAGAUGGACGGAGGGUACGAGGAUGAGCCCAUGGAUCCCGAGCCUGAUGAAGGGGCGGAACUGGAAGAAGAAAACAACGAGGAUGCUCCAGAUCCUAUUGAAGGCGAGGGUGAAGAUAAGGAGGACCAAGAGCCGGUAGAACGCCCUCGGAAAACCUCCAAAUAUAUGACCAAGUACGAGCGGGCCCGGAUUUUGGGCACGAGGGCACUGCAGAUUAGCAUGAAUGCACCCGUGAUGGUGGAGUUGGAGGGUGAAACAGACCCAUUGGAGAGCAGCUAUGGUUUACUAUUGAGUUAUGUAAUGGUUAAGUUGCCUGUGGACUGUUUGGAUCUUUUCUUAGCCUCGAAUUUGUAUGAGAUUGGUGGGAUAGUCUAUACUAUUGCAAUGAAGGAAUUGCGAGAGCGAAAAAUACCCUUCACUAUUCGUCGUUACCUUCCUGAUGGAAGCUAUGAAGACUGGGGUGUGGAUGAAUUGAUCGUGGAGGACUCAUGGAAAAGGCAAGUUGGAGGAGAUUGAGCUGGCCGUCUAUUAUGAUUAUCUUGUCCAACUUCAGACCGUAGUAAUAUGAUUUAAGCUUAUAGACGAGACAAAUUGGAAUCAUAUGAAUUCCUUUCAGGGACUUGUGUGGUUGUAAGCGGAUUGGUAUUAAAUUGGCAGAUUGAAUCUCAUAAAAAGAUUGAACCGAUAAAUUUGCUUAUUUGCUUUUCCGCAAAGAGAUUUGAAUAGUUUUUUAGCUCAAAAUGGAA